AUGGGUUCUGGUUCUUCAUCCAUUAGAAACCAGUUGCCCGAUGUCAAAGAGACGGUACGUGUUUUGGACGAAGAAAACCGUGAUGAAUUUGAAUUACUGUCAGACUCAGAAUCGGAUGAUGACGAAAUCAUAGAUGCCGAUGACCCUAAAUCUUUAAACCGAGAGAUUUUGAUGAUUGGCCCAAACGUUACGGUACUCCAGAAAAUAAAAGAAAUCAACCAUACAUCUGAAAUUUUAGUUGACAUUAAAGUUGACGACUUUUUCAUGCGAGAAUAUAUGCCAAAUAAGUCGAAGAUUGAAGUUAGAAUUAAAGACAAUGGAUUAUAUUGGGAUGUGCCAAAUAUGGAACAAUACCUAUAUUUCAAAUGGUAUAGUGACAAUGUAAAUAACGAGUACGACUGUACGAUGAAAAAGGAUGGAGCCGAGGUCAGUAUGUCAACCACAAAUGUCCACGUAUGGAAUAUGAGACAAAAGGUUGCUAUAGAUAUGACAAUCUUUGUUAAUUUGCAUUACAAGAAUAGAGAAACUGACCAUAAAUUAAAUACCUAUAAAGUAACUCCAUCUGCUAAUAUAAAAAUAAAAAGCAAAGAGUUCAACGAAUUAUAUUAUGAGAAAUUUCAUAUAAAAAGAUACAGCUACACAAUAACAAUAAAUGUCAACUACCUACAAAUUCCAGGCAGCACUAAGUGA